AUGGCGAGCAGCGCGGACGUGACGGCGGCCGAUGUGCUGCCCGUGGGCGACUUCCAGCGCUACCUGCUGGCCACGUGCAUGCCGCUGUUCGGCGAGGGCGCGGCGCUCAGCGUGGACAGCUUCAAGGCCGACCUGGAGGCGUCCGAGGCGACCAUCACUCUGGAUCAGUUCGUGUCCGACUCCGCCACGCGCGUGCUGCAGGUGCACUGCUACCCCGCGCGCGCAGACGAGGACAGCCCCAUGGACGGCUCCGUGCCGGGCUUCCGCGUGCGCGUGAACCUGGGCAUCGAGUACGCGCCCGGCAAGAAGAGCGGCCACGACGUCGUGUGCUUCAUCAAGCGCUUCAGCGCGCCGCUGGCCAAGGACCAGACGCUCAACCACCAGCUGCAGGUCAUGACGCUCGGCCUGGGAUCGUCCUCGUCCUCCCCCGCUGCGGCGGAAGGGGACUCGGACACGGCCACCACCACCAGCGGCGAGAACACGGAGGAGGAGGACGAAGACAGGGGCAACCUGCUCUCGGUCGUGUACAACUACGUGCACCAGUCGUUCACGCCGCUCGUGAACGAGUACUCCAAGGUGCACAUGCCGCAGAGCGAGAUGACCAACCUGAGCGAGGGCACAAGAGGUCUGCCGGCCAUUCGACGCAGGAUGAAGGAGCUCGAGCUCGCCUUGCUUCAGUACCAGCAGAACAUUGAGAUCCCCGAGGUGAACCUGAUCUUCCACCCGGUGAUCCAGCAGGCUGCGGACCUGGACAAGGUGAACGACGUCGUGUUCGUGAACACUAUCCAGGGAGGAGUGAGCAAGUGGAUCAAGGAGAUCCAAAAGGUUACGCGGCUCAUCAACGAGCCUCUGCCGGGAACUGCCAUGCAGGAAAUCAACUUUUGGUGCGAUCUGAAUCGCGCGCUGCUUGCUGUUCAGGAGAAGCUCAAGUCGCCGGAGGUGGAGAUUACGCUGGCCGUGCUGCAGCGCGCCAAGAGAUAUCUGGCAACGGUGACCUUUAGUGCCGACCACGGCCUCGGCCCGGCGAUUCAGCACGUGUCUAGUGUUAUGACGCUGAUGAAGGAGUUCCCGAUGAACUCCAUUUUGUCCGCAACGGACAUCAACCAGCUGAACCAGGGAUUGACGCUCGUCUUCACCCACUUGAAGAAGAUACGCGUGGCUGAUUCUUACAACCUGUCGCGCCUGUUGCGCUUGGUGGAGGUCAUGUCGAGCGACCUCACCCAGCAGGUCAUCAGCCUGUUGCGAGUUUACAGUCUCAUCCAGGUCCCUUUCAACCAGUUCGAGCAGCUCAUCUCUUCGUGCAAGGAGCUUUUCGCGAACUGGCACCGCCAGGUUGCAACGCUUUAUGAUCUAACGAAAGAACUAUUCAAGCGACGAGGAGGAUCAAUCAACACGGAGAAGCUUCCGUUGCUUUCCGAGUUGCAGAUGGAGCAUGCGGCUAUUGAGGAGCGACUGUUAGAGCUCUAUGAAUUCCGAGAGCAGCACGAAAAGCUACGUGAAGUGAUUCAGAGAGUGCUGGGUGGUUCCAAUGGGAUUGGUCUGGAGGAGGCUCGUGGCAGCGAUGGGACAAAUGACGCACUCACUGAAAUUAACUCGGCGUAUUCCCAGUUGAAUUCGCUGGAUCCGCUGGAUGUAUCGGGUGAAGGCGUGACUGCUUGGAAGAACCUGCGCAAAGCGUACGACCUGUGCAUCGACCGUGUGGAAGGGCGAAUUAUCAACAGUCUUACCAGCAGACUGAGCGCUACGUCAAAUGCUGACGAGAUGUUCCGCGUUUUCUCCAAGUACAACGCGCUGUUUUUCCGUCCUCGUAUCCGCAGUGCCGUGCAGCAAUUUCAGAUGCAGUUGAUCGAAAAUGUGAAGGAGGACGUGAGCAACCUCCAAGCCAAGUUCCGUGCGCAUUAUGCUUACUCGGAGGCGUCACGUACAAGCAAGCUUCGCGAUAUCCCGCCUAUUGCUGGUGCGGUAAUGUGGGCCAAGCAAAUUGAACGCAAGCUGAAAAUGCUCCUGUCUCGUGUUGAAAGUGUUCUCGGUGUUGGCUGGGAGCAGCACGUGGAGGGAAAGGCGCUUAAAGCAGCCGCUGAGGCGUUUAUUGCCAAGCUCAACCCGCAGCUAAUCUUCGACCAGUGGGUGAACGAUUUGGCAUCAAUGCCCAUCUUUGACAUCAAGAAUAUUAUUCUGAACAUUGUGACGGAGGACACGCCUCAGGGUGAGAAGAAGAAACUGGUGGUCGCUUUCAACCAGCAAAUCGUGACACUGUUCAAGGAAGUGCGAAACCUGGAGUGGUUGGGCUACCGAGUGCCUUUCACUCUCAAGAUGAUUGCGGAAGAUGCGAAGUCGAAAUACCCGUUUGCAAUGUCUCUGGACGCGAGUCUCAAGACGUACACAAGCUCGUGCCGACGUAUCCAACCCAUUUUUGAAGCACUAACGGCGGCGUAUGUUCGAGAAGUGCGUGCUACCAUUGGCAAGACGUUUACGAAGGGCAACGAAAUGCGAUGGCAUGCAGAUGGGUUGGGCGAGUAUGUUACUGAUCUUGCAACGAAGGUGGAGCGCUUGCACGACAAGGUGGAUGACCUCCUGGAAAGUGUCCGAACUAGCUCAGACUUCCAAGCUGCAGAGGUUCGAGCAGUUUUGGUGAAAAUUCAAGCGCACGUGGACGAACUAAGUUUGGCUGGUUACGCGAAUUUGCAUGUGUUUGUCAAAAACCUGAACACUUUGAUCAGUGGCAUUCUGGGCAAGAAGUUGGAAGUUCUACUGCAACGUUGGGUCUCUUGCUUUGGGCCUCAGGCUGAUGAAAAAUCUUUCCAGGCUGCAGUUGCCGAAGCUGGACUUAGCAUCACAACUCACCAGAUCCUUUUGAAGAACCAGGUCCUGUAUUUGGAACCUUCAGUUGGUGAUGCGCGUCGUGAUUGGUUGGCGCAGCUUCAGAAUUUGUUGAACUCCGUGUGCGACCUGCCAAAGAUUCAGACCUCCUCGUAUGAAAAUGUCUAUGGGAAGUCCACUGUGUCUGCCUUGUCAUCGCCACCUCGUAAGAGUGCCAGCUCGAGGCGGCGUGAGGCUGUGUUCAAGGAAGCUCUUAAUCAGGUGCCUCUUGACUUGCUGCUUAAGGCAUACAGCGUGCUUGAUGUUACUGUGAGUGAUGUGGACAAGUAUGCGUCGACGUGGCUGCAGUAUCAGGCUUUGUGGGAUAUGGAUGCUCAAACUGCAUUGAACAGUGUUGGAGAGGACCUUCGGAAGUGGCAACAAAUUCUGGUGGAAAUUAAAAACGAGCGCAACGCCUUUGAUGCCGUCUUCAACACGAAACGCUUCGGCCCGUUGGUGAUUAACUACCAGCAAGUGCAAGCUCAAGUGAAUGUGAAGUAUGAUGCGUGGCACAACGAGUUCCUUGCUUACUUUGGCGAUCUUCUCCGCGACCAAAUCAACUCGUUCUACUCCACGAUUUCGUCCAAGAGAACGCUACUGGAGCAGCAUGCGCUUGAAGCUGCCACGGCGCAAGUGGUUGCUGCGAUCACGCUUAUCCAAGAAAUGCGCCAGAUGCGAGUCCAGUGGGAAGAAGCAGUGGAGUCGUUUGAACAGGGAGAGCGUUUGCUGAAAAAGCAGCGAUACAGGUUCUCUGCUGACUGGCCGUCAUUGGCUAAUGUGGAGGGCGAGUGGGAAGCGUUCAUCCAGCUCCUUGAGCGGAAGACUGCUGCUAUGGAGAGUCAGUUGCCCCAAUUGCAGGCCAAAAUCAUGGAAGAAAAGAGUGCAUUGGACAGCAAGAUCAGCAAGGCUGUGACUGAAUGGGACAGCGCUAAACCGUUGCAAGGUGGCCAGUCACCGAAGGCAGCCACGGAACUGCUGAUCGUCUACGACACACGCUUCAAGUUGUUGCGUGCUGAACAAGACAAAACUAACGCUGCGCUAGACGCUUUGAACAUUUCCUAUGUGUCGGGAAUGGGAGGGUCUUCACUUGAUGACGAUCGCAGCUCGUACGGUGAUCUUUCAAGGGCAAUGGAAGAACUAUCUGGGUUGGACGAAGUUUGGAAGAGUAUUUCCAAGGUCUGGGCUCACGUUGACGAGCUGCAAGACACACUGUGGUCUGCAGUUCAUCCCCGCAAGGUCCGGAAGCAGCUGGAUGAAAUCGUUGACGAGAUGCGGCGUUUCCCUGCUCGUAUCCAGCAGUAUGAGGCUUUUGAGCAUUACACAUCGUUGAUUCAGUCUCGGAAGGCGAUGAACUCUUUGCUGUCAGAACUGAAGUCUGAUGCCGUUCGUGAUCGUCAUUGGAAGCAAAUUUUGCGGCUGCUGAAUAUCUCAUCUCCGUUCACGGAGUUGACCUUGCGCAGUUUCUGGGAGUCGAAGAUCUCCGCCAAUGAUAACGAGUUGAAGUCAAUCAUUCGUACGGCCCAGGGAGAAAUGGCACUUGACGAAUUUUUGCGCCAAGUGUCGGACUACUGGACCAACUACCAGCUAGAUCUGGUUAAUUACCAGAAUCGCUGCCGAGUCAUUCGUGGGUGGGACGAGAUGUUUGCUAAGCUUGAUGAACACCUGAAUAGUCUGAGCAGUAUGAAGCAGUCACCGUACUACCGCGUGUUUGCAGAGCUGGCGACCAGCUGGGAAGACAAGCUUACAAGAAUCCGAAGCAUCCUGGAUUUUUGGAUUGAUGUCCAAAGGCGUUGGGUGUACCUUGAAGGUAUCUUCUUCGGGUCUGCGGACAUUAAGCAGCAGCUGCCGAAUGAGUUCGCGCGUUUCCAAAGCGUUGAUAACGAGUUCACUUCGACAAUGAAGCGUGUUGCGCACAAGCCCAUGAUUGUGGACGUUGCUAACAUACCGAACUUGUACCAUUCGCUUGAGCGUCAGCAAGACAUGAUGGGCAAUGUUCAGCGUGCCUUGGGUGAAUACUUGGAGAGGCAACGAGCAGCUUUCCCCCGUUUCUAUUUCGUUGGUGAUGAAGAUUUGUUGGAGAUGAUUGGUAACAGCAAGGAACCGAUGCAGAUCCAGCGUCAUCUUUCGAAGAUGUUUGCCGGAAUAUCCUCGUUGGAAAUGGACAACAACACGGGUGUGAUUUUGGGAAUGGCAUCUCGUGAAGGCGAGGUUGUGCAGUUUAAGGAGCCCGUUAAGACCACGGAAGAUACCCGCAUCAACGUAUGGCUGGGUAAGGUGGAGGAGCAGAUGCGCAAAACACUGUCGCUUCUUUUGGAAGAAGCUGUGCGAUCCUACCCUACCGAUGACAGUGCUGACACGUAUUUGAAAUGGGUUUCGGAGUACCCGGCUCAAGUGGUGAUUCUUGCCACCGAAGUGCAAUGGACAAACGAAGUCGAAAAUGUGCUGAAGGCUGGUAGUGGUGACCUGUCACUGGUGUUGGAGCAGUUGGAUAAGCUACUAUUCAUUUUGAGCGACCGCGUUCUCACAGAUGUGAAGAAUGAUGUCCGGAAGAAAUACGAGCAGCUUAUUACCGAGCUUGUGCACCAGAAAAGCGUAACGAAACGUUUGAGUCAAGCCAAGGUUAAUAGCGCUGAGGACUUCCGUUGGUUGUAUCACAUGCGACACUACUUCCAAGCUAAGGAAUCGGACCCGCUCAAGAAACUCACUAUCCAGAUUUCUAAUGCGAGCUUUUCGUAUGGCUUUGAGUAUUUCGGUGUUGGAGAGAGGCUUGUGCAGACGCCUCUGACUGAGCGUUGCUACCUCACGCUGACCCAGGCGUUGGACUUCGGAAUGGGUGGAAACCCGUUCGGUCCGGCUGGUACUGGCAAGACGGAGUCCGUUAAGGCCCUGGGUUCCCACCUAGGUCGUUUUGUAUUGGUGUUCAACUGUGACGAGCACUUUGAUUUCCAAGCGAUGGGACGAAUUUUUGUGGGUCUUUGUCAGGUUGGUGCUUGGGGUUGUUUUGAUGAGUUUAACCGUCUCGAGGAGCGCGUGCUUUCUGCUGUAUCCCAGCAAAUUUUGGCGAUCCAGAGUGGAGUGUCGUCAUUGAAGGUUGGAAAGAGCACUGAUGUCGUUAUGAACGGUGGCAGCUCCAGCACUACGAUUGAGCUGCUGGGUAAGAGCGUCAAGCUGAAUCCUGAUGUGGGUAUCUUCGUGACUAUGAACCCGGGCUACGCUGGACGAUCGAAUUUACCUGACAACUUGAAGCAACUAUUCCGAAGUAUUGCAAUGGUUGCUCCGGACCGUGAACUGAUCGCGCAGGUGAUGCUUUUCUCUCAGGGCAUUACCACAGCCGAACAAAUCUCUGCCAAGGUUGUCCUUUUGUUCAACCUCUGUGAAGACCAACUUUCGAAGCAACCUCACUACGAUUUUGGCCUUCGCGCAUUGAAGAGCGUGCUUGUUAGUGCUGGUCAGCUUAAGCGAAAGAUCACUCAGUCGCAGGAUAGUGUGGCACCAGCCAACAUCGAGGAACUAGAGACGAAGGCUCUGAUUGGCUCCAUUACGGAUACGAUUUUACCGAAACUCGUUUCUCACGAUGUACCGGUGUUCGAGACACUGCUGACGGGUGUGUUUCCCGGCACCGAAGCUCAUCGUAUUGAGGAAGACAACCUACGUGCGAAGAUCGUGGAGUUGGCGAAGAAGAAUAAUUAUGUCGCGAACGACCAAUGGGUCGAAAAGGCUUUGCAGUUGUAUCAGGUGAUGCAGCUUCGUCACGGCGUGAUGCUUGUUGGCGCCUCUGGAACAGGAAAGUCGAGCGCAUGGCGAGUGCUGAUGGACGCCAUGGAACUUGUUGAUGGCGUAAAGGGUGAAGCACACGUGAUUGACCCCAAGGCACUGUCUAAGGAGCAUCUCUAUGGUGUUCUUGAUAACACAACGCUGGAAUGGACGGACGGUGUAUUUACUCACUUGCUUCGCCAGGUUCUUAACAGCGUAAGAGGUGAAAGUGAGAAGCGGCACUGGAUUAUUUUCGAUGGCGAUGUGGAUCCUGAGUGGGCUGAAAACCUGAAUUCCGUGCUGGAUGAUAACCGUCUGCUGACGCUUCCUUCUGGAGAACGCCUUGAGAUUCCCCCUAAUGUGUGGAUCAUGAUGGAAACGGAGACGCUGCGUUACGCGACGCUGGCUACAGUCAGUCGUUGCGGCAUGGUUUGGUUUUCUCAUGAUACGGUUAAGACAUGCCACAUCGUGGAGCACUAUCUGCUGAAAAUGCGGGAUGACGUAUCUGUCAUUUCGUCGUUCUCUCUGCAGCCAACGGAGAGUGGACUUGCCAAGAAGACCGCACAGACCUACGUUGCUCUUCUGCGAGACCUAAUUGAUCGUGGUGAUGGCAUGCCUUCGUUGAUUGAGAUUUGCUUGGAGCAGGCGAUGGGCCAAACGCACAUUAUGGAGGUGACGACCCUGCGCUUGCUAAUGUCGAUGUUUACUCUGCUUGGAAGGGGCCUGACUCGUAUCAAUGAGUAUAACGAAGGCCACUCCGAUUUCCCGAUGACUGCUGACCAGAUGUCACGUUUCGUGCCGAAGUGGUUCGUGUUCUCGAUUCUUUGGGGAUUCGGAGGCUCGAUGGACUCAGUGAAUCGCAUGGAUCUAUGUGAUUUCGUGGUGCAAACCCUUGAAAACCGCUUGAUGUUCCCUGUUGCUGCGUCGUCGAGCCCGGAUAACACUCUGCUUGAAUACGAAGUGAACAUUGAUGACGGCGCGUGGCGCCAGUGGCUCCGAUCGAUCCCGCAACUGGAUCUUGAGAGCCACCAAGUCUUGUCAACGGAUGUCGUAGUGACAACGGUAGACACAAUUCGCCACGUUGAAGUGCUGAGAGGGUGGCUUUCGCAGCAUCGGCCGCUUAUUCUGUGUGGUCCCCCUGGUAGUGGUAAGACGAUGACGUUGACCUCAACGAUCAACUCCUUGCCUGAGUUCGAAUUUGCAAGCCUCAACUUUUCGUCUGGAACUUCGCCCGAACUCAUUCUGAAAACGUUUUCUCAGUAUUGUGAGUACAAACGUACUCCGAAUGGAAUGAUGCUGUCGCCGAAUGCACCGGAGAAAUGGCUGGUCGUGUUCUGCGAUGAAAUUAACCUUCCCGAGGCUGAUCGUUAUGGAACGCAACGCGUGAUCACAUUCUUGCGGCAACUUAUUGAACAAGGUGGCUUCUGGUUGGGUGGCAAGAACGCUUGGGUUCGGUUGGAGCGCAUUCAGUUCGUUGGCGCUUGUAACCCGCCAACUGACCCAGGCCGUGUCCCUAUUUCACUUCGCCUACUGCGUCACGCCCCUAUUCUCCUGGUUGAUUUCCCGUCGUAUCCGUCUUUAAAGCAGAUCUACGGAACAUUCAACCGCGCUCUGCUGAAGUUGACCCCAUCCCUUCGUUCUUACGUGCAGCCACUUACCGAUGCGAUGGUUGAUGUAUAUGAUAGCAACCAAAAGAAAUUCUCUGCUGAGAUGCAGCCGCACUACAUCUACAGUCCCCGAGAGCUGUCGAGAUGGAUGCGCGCGUUGUAUGAAGCGAUCGAACCGUUGGAGUAUGAAAUCGACGUCGAGACGCUGGUCAAACUGGUUUUCCACGAAGCGCUACGCCUUUUCAUGGACCGUUUGGUGACAUCCGACGAGCAGAAGUGGUGCUUCCACAUGGUGAAGGAGACCCUGAGGAAUCACUUCCCGCAAAGUGCUACUGCUUUGGAGGUGGUGGAGUAUGGCGGCCAGCAUCCAAUUUUGUUCAGUACGUGGCUUUCGAAGAACUACACUGAAGUGACAACGACAGAUUUGCGCAAGCAUAUCGAAGCCCGCUUGCGUGUUUUCUACGAAGAAGAACUCAACGUUCAGCUGGUCGUAUUCGAUUCAGUGAUCGAUCAUGUGCUUCGCAUUGACCGCGUUCUUCGCCAACCGCUUGGACACUUACUGCUUGUUGGAGAAAGCGGCGCCGGUAAGACCGUUCUGUCCCGUUUCGUUAGUUGGAUGAAUGGUAUGUCCGUCUUCCAGAUCAAGCUUACCUCGAACUAUACUCUGGAUAACUUUGAUGACGACCUUCGUGUUGUCCUCAAGCGAUGCGGUUGCGAGGCUGAGAAGAUCUGCUUCAUCUUCGAUGAGUCCAACGUUCUUGAUUCGGCUUUCCUGGAGCGCAUGAACGCUCUGCUAGCGUCCGGCGAAGUGCCUGGUCUGUUCGAAGACGAUGAAUACACGUCACUCAUGCAUGCUUGCCGUGAAGCUGUCCAGCGCGACGGGGUCAUCGUGGAAAAUACCGAAGAUGAACUCUUCCGGUACUUCACAAAACAAGUACAGCGACACUUGCACGUGGUGUUCACGAUGAACCCCGCUUCGGGCGACUUCCAGAAUCGUACUAACACCUCGCCGGCUCUUUUCAACCGAUGCGUGGUUGAUUGGUUCGGUACAUGGAAUGAUCACGCAUUGGCACAGGUGGCGUAUGAAUUCACGAACACGCUUGAUCUUGCGGGAUCCGCAGACUUUGUCAUUCCAAAUGAUGCUGCAGAUGUUUUGGCGAAGCUGAUUCCGCAUAUCGCUACUGGAACGUUCCGUGACGUGCUGGUUGGAAGUAUCGUUCAGUUCCAUCAUGCUGUUCUACUACACAUGCGUCGUCUUCAGAAGCGUCACAUGAAGUACAACCACAUUUCGCCUCGGGAUUACUUGGAGUUUAUCCGCCACUUCGUGUCGCUGUAUUCCGAAAAGCGGGCGCAGCUGGAGGACCAGCAGCUUCACUUGAACGUAGGCGUGCAAAAGCUACAGGCUACUCAUGAACAAGUGGCAGAGCUGCAGGGUCAACUCAGUCUUAAGGAGAAGGAGCUCAAGAAGAAGGACGUUGAGGCUAACGAGAAGCUCCAGCAAAUGGUGCAGGAGCAAAAUGAGGCUGAAAGGAAGAAGAAGGAUACGGAGGAGCUUGCUGCUGAUCUUGCGAGUAAGGACGAGGAGAUUCGUUCGCGGAAAGAGGUCGUCGAAGCUGACCUUGCCCAGGCCGAGCCUGCUCUGUUGGACGCCCAAGCAUCUGUGAAUUCAAUUCGCAAGGCGCAGCUUGAUGAAAUCCGUGCCCUCGCUCGACCUCCUGCUGCCGUUCGCAUGACCAUGGAGGCUGUAGCGGUUAUGCUCGGCGAGUCGAGCUUAGAAUGGGCCGACUUGCGUCGUUUUAUCCGAAAAGACGACUUCAUUUCCCAGGUUGUGAACUUCGACUCCGAAAAGCUUACAGCGCGUCAGCGACACACAAUUCAAACGAACUACGUCGACAAGGUGGAUGAGUUCGACUACGAAAAGGUCAACCGUGCCUCGAAGGCUUGCGGCCCUCUUUACAAGUGGAUUGUAUCGCAGCUCAACUACACGAACAUCCUGCAUAAGAUUCAACCAUUGAGAGAAGAGGUGCAGACCCUGAUUGACACGUCUUCGGAUCUACGUGAAAGAUACGAACAAGCCAAGAAAACUAUUGACGCUCUGGAGGUCCGCAUUGAAAACUUUAAGCACGAGUAUGCAGCGUUGAUCAAUGAGGCGCAGGUGAUCACGAACGACAUGGCAUCGGUAUCGAAGAAGGUAGAACGCUCAGUGGCGUUGCUGAAGAGUCUGCUUCAAGAAAGCGAGCGAUGGGAGGCUGGCUCCAAUGAUUUCGAUACCCAGAUGAAGACGCUCGUGGGCGACACAUUAUUGUCCUCUGCGUUCCUCACAUACAUCGGCUUCCUUGAUUUCCAGCAGCGCAAGAUUCUUGUGCAAGAUUGGCGAGACAUCCUCGACUCAAUGGGCAUCAGCACGAAGCCCCAGUUGAGUUUUGUGGACUAUCUGUCCCGCCCUAACGAACAGUUGGAGUGGCAGAUGAGUGACUUGCCCUCGGACGAGCUGUGCUACGAGAAUGCCAUUAUCCUGCAGCGCUUCCACCGCUUCCCACUGAUUAUCGAUCCUUCCGGACAGGCGAACAACUUCAUUAUGAAGUACUACAGCCUCAAGACAAGCACGAAAAUUGCGCAGACGUCGUUCUUGGACAGCUACUUUAUGAAGGUGUUGGCCAGUGCCAUUCGCUUUGGCACUGCACUUCUGGUUCAUGAAGUGGAGAAUAUUGAUCCGAUCCUGAAUCCAGUGCUGAACCGAGAGCUUUACAAGACGGGUGGACGUGUGCUGAUUCGCUUGGCUGGAGAGGAAAUCGACUACUCGCCAGAUUUCCGACUCUUCUUGAUCACAAGAGACCCAUCUUGCCGGUUCUCGCCUGACAUUUGCAGUCGUGUGACGUUCGUGAAUUUCACGGUCACUCCCAGCUCCCUUGAAAGUCAGGGCUUGAGCAUUCUGCUCAAGAGCGAGCAGCCGGAAGCAGAGGAGAAACGGAAUAAUCUUCUGAAGUUGCAGGGCGAGUACCAAGCAAAAUUGCGCGAGCUGGAGGACUCGUUGCUUCAGCAAAUCAAUAAUGUGCAAGGCAACAUUUUGGAUGAUGAUCGGGUAAUCAACGCUUUGGAAAGCAUGAAGGCGGAAGCAGCCCAGAUUUCGCAGCAAGUGGCGGAAACGGAAUCGACGAUGGCGAUUGUGGAGACAGCGACAAGCCGCUACCGCCCGCUUGCGAAGGCGAGUUCUCAGCUGUUCUUCGCGCUGGAGAACCUGUCAUCGGUUCACUUCCUCUACCAGUAUUCGCUUGAUUUCUUCCUGUCGUUGCUGUCUAAGGUUUUGGCCCAGCCGACUGAGGGAGGAGAUUCGGUGCGACUUGCCAGUAUUUCGAAGGGUCUCUUUGUGCAGCUUGCCAGCCGAGUCAGCCGAGGACUUGCCGAGAACGACAAGCUUAUGUUUGCUCUAAGACUAUCGCAGAUUUACUUGGCACUGGAGCAGCAGAGUGCUGCUGUUGCUGACGCCAAGACGACUAUGGAUGAUAGCAGCGCGUUUGAUGGACCUAGUGAUGAGGAUAUGGAUAUACUUCUUGGAAGCUCGUCUACCUUCUUUAAGGCUGACAAUGGCUCCCAGCGCACUGAACUUGAGCAAUUGCUAACGGCUUUCUCGAAGACUGAAAUGGACCAGCUAAUCAAGUUGAUGAAGCUGUCGACGUUCAAGCACCUGGAGGAGCACGUGCGCGAGCAUGCUAGCGAAUGGAAUGCCUUUGUGAAGACUCCCUCAGCGGAGGAAGCACUUCCAGCUGACUGGGAUGCGACUCCGCGCCGUGCAGCAUUCCGAAACAUGAUUGUGAUUCAUUUCUUACGGCCUGAUCGAAUCACAUUCGCGUCGGAGCGAUACAUUGAACUGGACACGCAGGCAACGCGUGGAGUGCUUCUGUGCUCUACGACUGGUUUCGACCCAAGCGCGCAGAUCGAUGAGCUCGCGGCAGUUUUGCAGAAGAAAUACAACUCGGUGUCCAUGGGUUCAUCGGAAGGUUUCGAUGCGGCUGAGAAGGGGCUCAACACGGCGUUGAAACAUGGCACCUGGCUGCUGCUACGCAACGUGCACUUGUGCCCGUCGUGGCUUGUGAGCGUGGAGAAGAAGCUUUACAACGCGCGCGAAAGUGUGCACCCGAACUUCCGCCUAUUCCUGACCAGCGAGAUCAACCCGAACUUGCCGGUGAAUCUCGUCCGCAUGUGUGAUAUCUUCGUGUUCGAGCCACCGAGCGGCAUGAAACUCAGCAUGGUGCGAUCGCUAGACACGGUGGCUGCUGACCGCAUGAAUAGCUCACCAGCCGAGCGUGCACGCCUUUACUUGCUGUUGGCUUGGUUCCAUGCGCUGGUGCACGAGCGACUGCGCUACGUGCCAAUUGGCUGGUCGAAGACGUACGAGUCCAGUCAAUCCGACUUCAGAGGUGCAUGCGAUGUUGUUGAUCGUUGGGUGGACUCUGGGAAUCGCAGGCCUAGAUGA